CUGCAGUCUCUGGUUAUCUUCUGUACUACGUCCGCAGUCUCUGGUCAUCUGCUGCACUAUGUCUGCAGUCUCUGGCCAUCUCCUGUAGUAUGUCCGCAGUCUCUGGUCAUCCCCUAUACUCUGUCCGCAGUCUCUGGUCAUCUCCUGUACUAUGUCCGCAGUCUCUGGUCAUCUCCUGUACUAUGUACGCAGUCUCUGGUCAUCUCCUGUACUAUGUACACAGUCUCUGGUCAUCUCCUGUACUAUGUCCGCAGUCUCUGGUCAUCUCCUGUACUAUAUGCCGCAUCUUCAGUCUCCCCAAAGGUCUGUAGUCUCUGGUUAUCUUCUGUACUAUGUCCGCAGUCUCUGGUCAUCUCCUGUACUAUGUCCGCAGUCUCUGGUCAUCUCCUGUACUAUGUCCGCAGCCUCUGGUCAUCUCCUGUAGUAUAUCUGCAGUAUCUGGUCAUCUCC